AUGGGCAAGCUCACCAGCACGAUCGGCAUCCCGAUCAAGCUCCUCAACGAAGCCCAGGGCCACGUCGUCACCCUCGAAAUCACAUCCGGCGUCGUCUACCGCGGGAAGCUCCUCGAAGCCGAAGACAACAUGAACGUCCAACUCAAGGAUAUCACCGUCACCGCGCGCGAUGGCCGUGUUUCGCAUCUCGAUCAGGUUUAUAUUCGGGGCAGUCAUGUGCGCUUCUUCAUCGUGCCGGAUAUGUUGAGAAACGCUCCCAUGUUCCGCUCACGAGGCCAGCGCGGGCGCGGUGUCGGGUUGGCGCGUGGCAAGGCCACGGUACAGCGGGCGCGUGCCGGCGGGCGUGGACGGUAA